CGGCACGCAAGUUGAUCAGGCACCAAACACAUUCAACAAUACCCGUCAUCUCACUCUCCUCAUCGUCGACGACAGCGUUCAACCACAGUUCGUCGGCGUAUUGCGUCCUUCAGAGACAGUUGUAUACCAUACUACUUGUAUACCUGUAUGUAAAUUUGUAUUUUCCUUCACAUGGCACCUCCCAAGCGUAGGGUAUCAUAUGUGAUACCUCCACCCACGGACGACGUUCCACGGCUUAGGCUACCGCCACUUGAAGUCCUCCGCAAUGGUUCAAUACGCCCACUCCUCAUACCCUCUCAGACACCACUGGCCAACUCCAAGAGCAUUUCGGAGAAUUCUCAUCCAAGGCAUCGACUGGGCGUCAUGUCCCUUGCGCUCGACACAACCACGCGUCUUGAAGGUCGGAACACACCGGAAGGCAUCCUCUAUACUGGGGGAAGGGAUGGAUUAAUCAUAUCAUGGGAUUUGAGACUUCCGUUCAGGCGGAGAUAUGAUAGCAGGCACCGCAGAGACCGGUUAGACAGGUGGGAAAUGUUGACGGGGAUGGGAGAUGAGACACUUGCUGAGGAGGCUGAGGAAGACGAACGACGAGAUGGUGAUGUGCUAGGAGAUGUCAAGGAGGGUGGGGGACGAAAACGAAGAGGCAGCACAACGGACCAGUUACCGUACGAACUUCAGUGGCAGUUGGACACCGAUGCGUUGACGUCGGGAUCGCCUUCUAGCUUCCGUCAGUGCGCGCAGACCCACACAGACUGGGUAAACGAUCUCUUGCUCUGUAAUUACAAUCAGACAGUUGUUUCUGCAUCGUCUGAUGGAACCAUCAAGGCCUGGCAUCCCCAUGCCAGUUCUCCCAGUGACCCCUCUGCAAUAGGGACUCACGCCGAUUAUGCGCGCUGUCUUGCUCUUUGUCGUGAACAGAAUUGGAUAGCUUCUGGCUCAUUUGACCGGACCAUUAAACUCUGGGAUCUUACCCGAGCAUCGAUAACGCCCGAACCAUUCCUUACCCUUAACCCACCUGAUGCUACCGCGCCCAAAGCCUCUGUAUAUGCAAUAGCCUCCGACCCGUACGGACACGCCAUCGCAAGUGGAUCUCCGGAACGUGUCGUCAGGAUGUGGGACCCGCGCUCGGGAAAGAGGACAGGGAAGCUGGUCGGUCACACGGACAAUAUCAGAGCCAUUCUUAUUUCAGAGGAUGCGCGAUAUCUCCUCACAGGUUCUGCAGACGCAUCCAUCAAGCUAUGGUCAUUGUCGUCUCAGCGAUGCCUACAUACGUUUGCAUACCACACAGAUUCUGUUUGGUCUCUACAUUCGACGCAUCCCUCGCUUGAGGUGUUCUACUCUGGCGACAAGUCGGGUAUGGUAUGCAAAGUCGAUGUGGAGGGAUGUGGAGACGUUUCGGACGGUGCCUGCAUUACCGUUGCGCGGGAAACUUCUGUCGAAGUCGGGGAAGGUAUCAAUAAAAUCGUGACCGCGGAUGACGGUCUUCUUUGGACCGCCUCCGGUAAAUCGAGCAUCAGUCGUUGGAGGCUGCCGAAACCCGUACCGAAACGAGUCUUAGAUGAAGAAAGAGAAAUCAUUGCUGAUAGCUCCAUUGCUACGAUCUCGAGGAGACAAGUUUCCCUUGGACGUGAAUCUAUGCAAUGGUCUGCACCACCGUCAAUACAUCAAGUUCGUAGGGAUGACGCGACAGCAGCCUACCCCGGUGUUCCGCUCACAUCUUUUGUACGACUCACCUCUCCCGAUGGUCCUUUCUCCCCUUCUUCAUUCGCUCUACGUGGACGCGAUCCCGAGGUUGCAACACUAUACUCUGCAGCAUCCAUCGCCUCCGUUCCGGGAGGACGUCCGCCACUCCAUACUGCCUUUCACCAUUCUUCGACCCUCAUGCCCCCCAACACUCUCCGGAGCAUGAAGAGUGAGGUCUCGAUGGCGCCCACCGAUGUUGAUGCAGUGCAGGACCAUCGAACAGCAUAUGAAGCUCGGGAAUUCGCUGCUGAUGCUGAGCCUUUAAACGCAAACCCAGAUGCGAUGAUAGCAGGCUCUCCUGGCCUCGUGCGAGCUAUCUUGCUGAACGAUCGAAUGCAUGCGUUAACGGUAGAUACGACCGGCGAGGUCGCCGUGUGGGAUGUCGUGCGAGGAGUUUGCAGAGGUUGGUUUGCCCGUGAAGAGGUUCGUGCUGCGAGUAGAUCCUGCAGUACUUCCAGCAGUGGGCCUCGUCGUGACAACGGGAGUGUGACAGGGGGUGACAAAGAACGGAGUCCUCGUGAGGCGCUUGAGGCAGUCCGAGAGCGCAUUGAGGGUGAUGCUGUUAGUUCGCCUUGGUCGUCUGUGGACACGAAAACCGGUGUCCUCACUGUGCAUAUCAACGAGCGCUGUUUCGAUUCCGAGAUAUAUGCAGACGAAGCUGGCUUCGAUUAUGACAGGCAUUUUAGCGAUGAACUCCGGUUUAACAUUGGCAGGUGGGUCCUACGAAAUUUGUUCCUCGGCUUUAUUCGCGAGGAGCAACGCAUUCGUCGUAAACGCGACACCCAUGGUUCCGAGACCGGUCACUCAGCUAUGCAGCGCACUGCGGCCCCACCAUCACUGGAACUGAACGGGAACUCUUCUAGUUCCACACUGCGGCAUUCCUUCGAGUCUUCGACAAGGCCGCCGCGAGUUCUUGUUAGUAGUGCGGUCGUCAUGUCAACCACUUGUUUGCCCGCUGUCCUUCCUUCACUUCCCACUUUAACCCGACCCAGCCCUCUUCUUACUCCGAUGAUACCGCUCGUUCCGCUAAAAUCUCCUCCACCGUUAUCCAUUGUCCCUCAAUUGCCCCCGAACGAUACCACCCCUGGUCCUCGACCAAUACGCACGCAAGGCCUUGAUCCAGUGGCUUCGCCCCACAGCGCGUCUCAGGACCUGGAUUAUUUCACCCCCCCAUCCCCAUACACGGCUGGUCCUCCGAGUGUCGCAACACCGACACCAAAUACUCCUGGCGGCAGCGGGUUCAUGGGGCGUCUGAAGAGCCUUGGUAAAGGCACUGUGAGAAAAACGACCAGCGACAUAUUGCCGGGUUCACCUAUAUCUAGCCCUUCUGGCAAUCUGGCCGAUGUGCCAACCGCUCUAGAGGCACCUACAGAAACCGUUGAAAAAUCGCCUGUACAGGCACUCCUCGCAAACCCUAUUUCACCUCCCACAUCCAGCGAUGCUCCCACUCUGAUGUUGCCUUCGGCAAUGACAAUUUUAAUAUCUGACGAAGUAUAUCCCGGGUGGAGAACGGUUUAUAGGGGCAGCGUGUCAACUACAUGGGCCGACGUGUACAAGUUGGAGUCGACGAUACCUUUGUGGCUUGCUGAAUACCUGCUAUUUAACAAAAUUAACACCCCACCUCCUGUAAGGUAUCUUUUGUAUUGUUACCCUGGCCAGGCACAGAACAGGGACAUGAGCCACUCCCCGAGUUGCUCAACACGUCACAGUCCAAAUUAACAUCGAGCAAGUUCCUCAGAGUACGCAAGCUAACCCAUCAUGUUCAAGAAAAAUUGGACAGGAUAUCCAGCAGUCCUACAUUGCCACAUCAUCCACCGCAUGACGAUAAUCACAACCCGCAUGAUCGUGUUCGGGGUGAAGACCUGUACGAAAUUCUCUGCAAUGACUCUGUUCUGCCGCUGGAUAUGACUCUGGCUGCUGUGCGGCAUUAUUUCUGGCGUCAGGCUGGCGAGCUGGUGAUGCACUAUCGUUCUAAAAUUCGGACACAAGUACUUGUGCCUUCACAAAAUAUGUAAUUUUCUGUAGAAAAUACUUAUGUAUGUGAUACGAGAUUACUGCGCCCAGUUGUUAGAACGCUCUCAAUGCCUUUCUCUUUCGAAUUUCUUACUGCUCUGUUUAACUCGUCCGAAUUUUUUUGGUUCCCUGGAAUUGCA